AUAUUCCUCUGCAUUUUCUCUCUUCACUCAAAUCUUUUCUAUUUUUCAAAAAUGAAGAAGAGAGUUGUAUUCCAGUUCACAGUUUUUGAUGAAAGCACCAAAGAGCUAGCGGAGGAAACUGCCAGAGAGUUUGAAGGAGUUACAAAGGUGGUAGAGGUUGAAGGAGAAGAAGGUCAGCUAGAGGUGAGGGGAAAAUUUAGUACGUCUGAAUUGAAAAAGGAACUACAGAAAAUAGAUGAAUCUGUUGAGACAAUCAAGAUUCAAGUAGAUGGAGUAAAGAAGCCAAACGUCAAGAUCCAGCAGCAAGGUAAAGACAAGGAGCCAGAAGUCAAGAUCCAGCAACAAGAUAAAGGCAAUGAGCCAGAAGUCAAGAUCCAGCAUCAAGGUAAAGGCAAGGAGCCAAAAGUCAAGAUCCAGCAACAAGAUAAAGACAAGAAGCCAGAAGUCAAGAUCCAGCAACAAGAUAAAGGCAAGAAGCCAGAAGUCAAGAUCCAGCAUCAAGGUAAAGGCAAGGAGCCAAAAGUCAAGAUCCAGCAGCAAGAUGAAGGCAAAAUACUACCUAGAUAUAAACCGCUUGAUUGGCCCAGUGAUGUUGCCAGUAGCUCAAACUCGAAAGGAUACUGGGAGAAGGCAAUGGGUGUUGCUAAGGUGGCCAAAGAUAUGGGUGUUGAUGCAGCUGGCAAGGCAAUAGUUUUGGGUGCUGAUGCAGCUGGUAAGGCAAUAGGUUUGGGUGCUGAGGCAGCUGGUAAGGCAAUAGUUUUGGGUGCUGAUGCAGCUGGCAAGGCAAUAGUUUUGGGUGCUGGUGCUGCUGGUAAGGCAAUGGAGUAUUAUGGAAAUAAAAACAAAGAAAAAGAGGCUAAGGCAAAGCUAGAACGUAAGCCAAUAGUAGGAAAAGGAGAAAAAUAUUUACCAAUCCAGAACGCGCAUGGAGAAGGUUUCUUUAAAGAAGAGAAGGCACAGAGGUGGGGGAAGCAAGCUAAAGAGAUGGAAGACGAACAAAGAAAGAUCAGGGAGAAGGAAGCGAUAGAACAAAGGAAGAAACAGGUAGAGAAGGAGAAGCAAAAAGUGAAGGAAAAAAAAAUUAGCGAUUAAUAAAGAAGAGGAAAAACUAAAGAAGUGGGAAGAGAACAUGAAGAAACAAGGUUUAGAAAAGAACUCAUGUGCUUGCAUCAUCUUGUGAACACACAUAAGUUGAUCAAAAAGAUUAACCAUAAAUGUGCAGGAGGAACGACAUAUACAGUUCCCACAAGUAGUUUCUGGAGCACCCUAUCUACAGUACGAACCGGAGACACAAGUACAUGGAUGCCAACACAAACCGGAGAAACAAGUACUCGGAUGCCAACACAAACCGGAGAAACAAGUGCAGCAGCACAAAGACGAAAAAAGGAAUCAAAAGGAGCUGACAAAAAAGGGAAGAACCCCAAAUAAAUGGUUUAUUCUAUUUCUAAAGAAGCUUUACAGGUUUUAAACUUGGCAUGAGCUAAAACGUUCCUGGUCCAUCUCAUGUUAUGUUCUAAAAUAAAAAUUUGCGGGUCCUUAUUUGCUG